AUGGGCAAACGGAAAGCGGCUAAGAAACCUAAUAAGAAGGCCAAGUUACAGCCCCUCGAUAAGAUCUUUCGGUGCUUGUUCUGUCAACAUGCUGGGGUCGUUCAUUGUAAAUUGGAUCGACAAGAGAUGCAAUCGCGAAUAGAGUGUUCGAAGUGUGGCCAACAUUUCGAGACGAAGAUCGACCAUUUAACCGAGCCGAUCGAUGUCUAUUCGUUAUGGAUCGAUGCCGCCGAAGCGGCCAAUGACGAGCCACCGACGACGACCCACCAGAACGAUUCCCGCGAACAGUCUUCUACCGCUACCCCUCGCCCCUCCUCUAAACACUCCUCCUCUUCUGCCCGUCAACAACAACAACAACAACAACGGAGCCACCAACAGCCUGAGGAUCGGUUCGAUGAUGGGAUCGACGACCCCGAUGGCGAGUUGCCCGACGACCUCUUUUGA